ACACUAAUGUCUACUUAAUAUGUACCAUUUUUGUGGAGCAUGUGAAAUUAAGAGUUGGGUUGAGAAUGGGCUAAUUGGUUGACGCAGAAAUGAAAAUAAAAAUGGGAAUGGGCCAAUUGGUUGACGCAUGCGCAGACAACUAGUUGUUCGCCUAACCGUUAUAAAAGCAAAAACUCGGCCUGGGAUCGAGGCUAGUAAAAAUCCUGAUACGGUUAUUUGGCUCAAAACUAAGCACUUAUGCACUUGUCAAAGUAAUGCCCCACCUCCCCCCUACCGGGGAUAAGUGGGGAUUAGUUGAGGAUUAGACUUGAAGUUGCUCCCCUACCUAGGGGAAUUACCUGAUGCAUGCAUUGGUCAAAGGUCGAUUAAUUAAAGAUCACAUGAUGUCUGCCACACUCUUCCUUCCAACACAUGCUGAGUACAGUGAGAGCAAAAUUUACAGUUUAUUGAUCCUGAGCAAUCUCUGCCUUCUUGACUUCACUAGCUCUAUAGGAGUAUAGCUGCCAAUAUUUAUAUAGUAAUUCUGAUACUUCAAAUAAUCUGUUUAUCUUCUCGCUAGAGUGUGAUACAGGUCUAAUCCCCACAUCACCCCCAUGUUGUACUAGGGGCCACUAGGGGAUUAGACCAAAUAACAUGCCCAAAGGUAGGGGUAUUAGAUCAGGUGAUUGGUCUAAUCCCCACUUAUCCCCGGUGGGGCAUUAGAUUGACAAGUGCAUUACACAGUAGAAUUUUUUCAGGAAAACCAGCCACAAAGGGGGCCUGGGAGGCCCCAGCCUGUAUAUAUCACUUUGACUGCAUUUGUAUUGAACAUAAAAGUGGGGUAUUAAUUAUGUUGGUAAACUUAAGACUGCCACAUAAUUAUAUAGAUGGGGGUGGUGUUUAAACCAUAGAUAUAUACACGAAAGAAAAGGAUAGGAAACGCCCCACGUGAUGCUAGGUAAAUGCAGUGUGUGACGUCACACCCUCUGGUUGGAGGCGAGUUGCGCUCAAGAAAGUACACAAUGAUCCCUAUAUCUGCUUAUUUUUCUCGUAGGAGGCCUAAAAGAGAAAUUCAAAGCAAUCAGGCAUCAUGCACACAUACACCUAGCACUACUGAUAGCUACAGUUGCCAUGUUAGUGCCCAGCUUUCUUUUAUUCAGCUUGAUUUGUGUGAAAAAACACCGAUUUGUCAGUUUAUGUACCUAUAUCUCCAAUAUGAAAUAAUUUUAUAACUUAAACACAUGUACGUUUCACAGAAUUAAAGUGUGUUUAUAACUGCAUGGAACAAAGCAUAUUUUCCAGCUCUCAAUGCAGUGAAGUAGUAGCAGCACCAUGAAACGUUUGUCCGAAGUCCAGAAAGUUUGCGUACCUCUCCUGCUCUUACUGUACAUGGUAAUCUAGUUUGAAGUGCUCUAAGACACAGUUUAGGUAUUAGAAAGUGGAACACAAGUAUCUUUGUCUGUAGUGUGUGAUCGAAGUGAUGGCAUUUGAAGGACUUGGGAACAGACCUGUUAUGGUUUGUAGUAGUCUGGGGGCCAGACCUAAUAGCUCGGGGGCAAAAUCAAGAGAGCUACUGUUGAUUUCUCUUGACUUCGAAUAUUCGUGAUCGUUUCCGUUUCCGUUUUUCGUUGAUUCAAAAAAAGUUUGCUACAGAUACGACUACAGAUAAUAUGACUUCUGCCGAGCCUUCAAGGACUUCUGCUUACUCCACUGACAUUGGCUGGAGGGUUGUUUGGCAGAGAAUAGGAAUGGGUCUCACUUAUAAAGAGAUUGCCUACAGGCUUCAGAUUGCAGUUGGUACAGCUCACAGAUUGUUUCAAAUGUAUGAAUCAACUGGUGAUGUUGCUCCCUUGAAGAGAGCUGAAAGAUAUGAGUUGAGGAAGCUAGAUAAUUUACAUGAGAUUUAUAUCAUUGGAUUGAUUUGUGAGAAUCCAGCAAUAUACCUUCGCGAAGUCUGUGGAAAAAUUUUUGAAGUAACGGGAGUAAGAGUGUCUACUUCAACGGUGUGCAAGGUAAUCCAUCGAAAUGGGAUUACCAGGAAGAAGCUGACCAAAGCUGCACUUCAAAGAUCACUUGAACAUAGAGCAGCAUUCAUGGCUAAUAUGUUGCAGUAUCCUCGAGAUUUUUUUGUAUGGGUGGAUGAAACUGGUACAGACAGAAGAGAUCAGCUGCGCAAGUUUGGGUAUGCUAUAAGAGGGCAACCAGCUGUUUGUACACAACUUUUUACACGUGGGAAAAGGAUAUCUGCAGUGGUUGCUAUGUCAUCUGAGGGUGUUGAGGCUUAUGAACUAACUUCUGGUUCAAACAAUGGUGAAAAAUUUGUAGACUUUGUGAGAGGAAGCUUAAUACCAGUCACUCAACCAUUCCCUGACAGACACUCUAUAGUGAUUAUGGAUAACUGCUCAAUCCACCACAUACAGGCAGUCAAGGACCUAUUUGAUAGCUUUGGCGUUCUUCUUGUGUACCUACCACCAUACAGCCCUGACUACAACCCCAUUGAGGAGCUGUUUAGUUACUUAAAGUACUAUUUGAAAGAACAUGAAGAUUUAAUACAAGCAGUCCCUAGCCCUGUGCAUAUCAUACAGGAAGGUCUAAACAGUGUGACAAGUUCAAAGUGCAAUGGUUGGAUAAAUCACAGUGGAUACAGCACAUAGACUUGACUCCACAAAAUUAUUGCAUGGCCACAUAAUACCAUCAUAUAAUUAUACAU